CGCGCAGGCGCAAAGCUAAGAAAAUGGCGAAGCGGUGUGGCCUGGGAGGACGCGUGCGGAACACAGCCGCCCUGGGUCUUCGCGAGAUUAGUCGCGCUGACUCAAUUUAAUCUUGAUCCUAACUCCUCCAUUUUGGUUCUCCUUCCCUGCAGCAGGGAAGGGGCGUGGUCUCGAAUUAGCCCCUCCUUGGUGGCCGGGGCCUGGAUGGACCAAAGGAGGUGGCCCACCAGACCACAUCCCAAAUUACAACGCUUACUUCUCCCUAGUUUGAAGGAUCUUCACAUCUUUGGAUCUACCUUACGGUCUCCUUUCGGGCAAACAGUUAUCAGGGGUGGAGCAGCACCCCCAAACCGAGCGUGGGCGACGUCCGCCGAGGCCCGCCUCCCUCCCAGCCUAUGGGAGCCGGGCGAGCAACGUUACCAUAGCAACGGGCCCGCCAGGACCUACUCGAGUUACAAAGAGCACGCGGACUCCCCGGGGGGAAGCCGGGGCGGGCCCGGCGUCGCCAGCGAACGCGAGGUAGACCCCGCAGGUUUCCAUGGCGAGAGCGAGGGCCCGAGGCCUGGCCUAGGAGGUCCCCGAAUUCCCAAUAAAUCCCGUUGGGAAAGGCUCUUUGCUAACGCCCGGCCCCGGGAGCGGUUAGCGGGGCCGGGGUGCCUCGCUGCCGGUGGCCUCCAGCGGGGGCAGGACGACCAAGCGCUGACAUCCCGCCCGCGGCCACCAUUCCCGGUUCCUGAGAGGAGACGAGGACGCCAAAGCCCCGUGCCGGUCCUGGAGGCCUUCACACCCACCGAGCCACCGGGCCUCCCCACGUGUACACAUUUCCCUCCAAGGGACGUCUCGGAACCCUCCGUCCAUUUCCGAGGCCGGGCGCAGAGCGGGCCUUCAGCCGCCGUUUCCAGCUGGGUGUCCCCUCUGUGCUCCGGGGUGAGCCCCCGGCCCCCCCAGCCCCCCGGGUAGAGUAUCACAGGCACUUCCGGGACCCUUCACCGCAAGUGAGUGUCGCCUCCUUGUCUGUAACGGAGAUGAGUCGCUCUCUCGCCAGGUGGUUGUAUUAAUAAAUGGGAAACGUGUGUGUCCAAUGACCGUUCCUGGUGGUCUCGGUGAACGCCGGGCCGGGCCGGGGCUGCGAGCGGUGCUGCAGACGUGAUGGAGCAGCCGGCGGGACGCCCCCUCCCCCGGUCCCCGGGGUCCCGGUGCCCUUUGGCCCGCUUACGAGGCUCGGGAGAGGGGAGCGGAGGAGCAGGCUUCACAGUCCUUGCUGGGAAUUUUGUUUUUUCCUGCAGCUCAGGCCUGUUGUGCCCUGAAACAAUCAAACCGGAAACAUCUCCACCCCCCGCACACCUUCACCCAGAUUAGAACAUGGUGUUUAUUUCUCAGGUCGUUUAUUGAAGAUAAAUGUAAAACCAAAAA